AUGGUUUCCCAAGACGACCACGACGCCCUUCCUGAGGAGACGGCUGGCUUCAAGGUCGGUGAAAAGAAGACGCUCCAUGAGAUCCAGAACAUGGAUGCUGAGGAUGAGUCCCUCCAACGCUACAAGGCCUCCCUUGGUCUCUCUACAGGCGCAACCACCUCCGACCCGUCCGACCCCCGCCAAUGCAUCAUUCUCUCGUUGACAAUGGACUCCGAGGGUCGCCCACCUGUCACAAUUGAUCUUUCCCAGAAGGGUGCUGAGUCCACUCUGAAGGACAAGCCGUUCAAGAUCAAGGAGGGCUCCAAGUUCACCAUGAUUGCCAAGUUCAAGGUACAGCACGAGGUCCUGUCGGGUCUGCAGUACUUGCAGAUUGUGAAGAGGAAGGGCAUCAGGGUCAGCAAGGAUCAGGAGAUGAUUGGAAGCUACGCACCUAAUACCCAGGACAAGCAGUUCUACGAGAAGAGAUUUGCUGAGGAAGACGCACCAUCCGGCAUGCUUGCCAGAGGUCACUACGCCGCCAUUUCCUCGUUUGUCGACGACGACAAGAACAAGCAUCUGGAAUUCGAGUGGAGCUUCGACAUUGCUAAGGACUGGUGA